AGUGAACCCCUUAUGCAGUUGACCGGCAAUUGUUGGCUAAAUAGUGAUUGAUAUGUGUUUCCAAUGUUUUGACAGUUUUAUGAUUUGCUGAUUGAUUCGCACCAUAAGAGCGACAAUGAAGUUACGGAUCAAAUCAGGUGACGAUCAGAUAAUGUCGUCGAUGACUGAUUACAAGUACUGGUCGCUCGCCUUAAGUAUCACUUGUAUUAAAGUUUUGCUAAUGAAGUCAUACCAUUCAACAGACUUUGAAGUGCACCGCAAUUGGCUCUCCAUUACGCAUAACUUGCCGAUCAGUCAAUGGUAUUAUGAAUCGACGUCCGAAUGGACUCUGGAUUAUCCGCCACUGUUUGCGUGGUUUGAGUUGCUUUUGGCAAAGUUUGCCCAUUAUUUUGACGAAAAUAUGCUACAAAUCAGCGCAAAUGGAUAUAUUAGCGACAAAACUAUAGUCUUCCAGCGACUCACUGUAAUCGCCACCGAUUUUGUCUACUUUUACGCAGUCCUCCAAUGGUGUCAAACCAUCGCUAAACUCAAGAUCCGUUUCAGCAAACAAUUCAUUUACGAUCAAUGGUUUCACCCGAACGUGAUUCUGGCGAUGCUUUUCCUGUGGAAUCCCGGCCUACUUCUUGUGGAUCACAUCCAUUUCCAAUACAACGGUAUAUUGAGUGGAAUACUGUUGCUAUCGAUGGCCCGCGUUAUCCAGAAGCGGGAACUGGAGGCCGCCUUUUGGUUUGCUGUGUUGCUCAAUAUGAAGCACAUCUACGUCUACAUCAGUCCCGCGUUUUUCGUAUAUUUGCUGCGGAACUACUGUUUCGAUCGGCACUUGAAUUUUAAAGCAACAAAUUUCGCGAAACUGGCGCUCAUUGUGUCGUCAGUAUUCGCCGCCAGUUUCGGUCCGUUCCUGGCUUUGGGACAAAUGCGACAAUUGAUGGCCCGAUUGUUUCCCUUCAAACGCGGCUUAAGUCAUGCCUAUUGGGCGCCUAACUUCUGGGCUCUUUAUAACAGCGCCGACAAAGUGUUGGGCUUUUCCCUCAAAGCUAGUCCCGGCGCUAACGCCUCCAUGACCUCUGGACUCGUGCAACAGUACGACCAUCAGGUGCUUCCUAAUAUCACGCCUAUAGUUACGUUUGUAUUGGUAAUUGUGGCGAUUGUGCCAUCGAUGAGUUUUUUGUGGCGACGAAGUCAUCAGAACUACUCGCAGAUACUGUUCCUGAGGUGUGUAGUGAUGUGUGCGUUCAGUUCGUAUGUGUUUGGAUGGCAUGUCCACGAAAAGGCAAUCCUAUUGAUCACAAUCCCAUUGACACCGUUAGCGAUGGUCAGCAAAUGGGACGCAAAGAUGUUUAAUAUGGUGUCAGUUGUGGGAAACUAUUCGUUGUUUCCAUUGCUGUUCAAAGAGGCCGAGACUUUGACCAAAAUCUUAUUACUCGUGAUUUAUUCGGUCUAUUCGUUUAAAAGUCUUGAGAUUCACCACAAAAUCAGUGCUAAUAAGUUUGAAAAUAGCUUUCCUUUAAUGAACUUUUUAGAAACGAUUUAUUUAUUGGGUUUAAUAGGCAUUCAAUUAAUUUAUUCAUUGUGUCCGCUGUUUAACGUUUGCCAGAGAUAUCCAUUCGUGCCUUUAAUGACAACAUCUUUUUACUGUAGUUUAGUUUUGGUACGAUUUGAGUUGAGAACUAAGACAUACGAAUCGCCCCCAAAGAAAGGCAGGGGACCCACGAUAGAGAAGGCUACCAAUGAUGAGGUGCAGCCUAUGAUACAAAGGGGGUGA